AUGGACCCCCGUCGGCUCACCUGGGCGCUGGUGCUGCUGGGCCCGGCCUUGGCUCUCGCCCUAGGCCCGGCCCCCGCCCAGGAAGCGCCCGAGAAGCUGUGCGGCCACCACUUCGUGCGCGCGCUGGUGCGGCUGUGCGGGGGCCCGCGCUGGUCCCCCGAGGAUGGGCGACCUGUGGCUGGCGGCGACCGUGAGCUGCUACAGGGGCUGGAAGGACAACAUCUCCUCCAUGGGCUGAUGGCCAGUGGGGACCCCGUGCUGGUACUCGCCUCACAGCCCCUGCCCCAGGUCUCUCGCCAUCACCACCACCGCCGCCGCCGGGCAGCUGCCACCAACCCUGUCCGUCACUGCUGCCUCAGUGGCUGCACCCGGCAAGACCUGCUGACCCUCUGUCCCCACUGAACCCUCCUGGGGUGUGGCCUUGGGGGAGCCCGAGACCCACAGGGGUCCAGUCUGGUGAACUCCUGAUGCCACACAGCACCAUGAAGCCCCAUGUCUGGGGGGACUUUGUUGAUUACCUCCUAGGACAAGGUGCUCACCACCUCACCAGGCCACCUGUCCUCUGGGGGGCCAACUGGGGAAAACACCAGAUCCCAAACCUGGCUUGGAGGAUUCUUGGUUUUGUGGAGAUGCCAGACACCUGUUCUCAAAUGUUCUCACCUCAGAGGAGCCCCAGUUACCCCGCUCCCUGCAUUUGACACCCCUCUUGUUGUAUUAUCAAUAGUAAAUAAAUAAGAUGCCUGCAGA